AGGGAAACAUGGGGGUCUGUCAGUCAUUUGUACUCACUGACGAGAUGAAGGAUCAGAUCAAAGUUAACAAAGAAAUAGAAAAACAGCUCGAAAAGAAGAAAAACAUGCAAUUGGAGCAAACCGUUCUUCUACUGGGGCCUGGUGAAAGUGGAAAAAGUACUGUCAUGAAACAGAUGAGAGCCAUGACUGGAAACUACACAAAGACAGAACUACACGAACGAAAAGUGCUAAUUAUACAGAAUUUAUGUCAAUUUUCUGAGAUGUUGUUAGAAUACGUCAGAGAAUAUAUUUUGGAGAUGACGGAAGACGAUGAUAAACGAUAUACUGUGAUGUGCGAAGAACUGAAAAUGGCGGUAAUUCAUGAUGGAAUAAUGAGACCUGAACUCGCCGAUACACUGAAGGAAUUCUGGGGAAACAGUGCAAUACAGGACGCGUAUUCCAAGAGAGACACAUUUCAUUUGACAGAUAGUGCCAAGUAUUUCUUCGACAACAUCGACCGUAUAAAAUUGCCAGGCUUUGAACCGACAAAUCAGGAUAUUGUUCACAUACGGGUACCUACAACGGGAGUUGCACAAGUCGAAGUUAUUAUGAACAAUAUCAAAUUGAUGAUUUGCGAUUGUGGUGGACAACGAUCUGAAAGACGAAAAUGGUAUCACUUUUUCGAUGAGGCUGACGCUGUUCUUUUUGUAGCGGCUAUUAGCGAGUUUGAUCAGAAGUUAGCGGAGGAUGAAGAGACGAACCGUAUGCAUGAAUCCAUCAGAUUGUUCUGGACAGUUUUUAAUGGAAAGUUUUUCAAAAAAGCGGCAGUCAUACUUUUCCUGAACAAAAUUGAUUUGUUCGAGGAGAAAGUAAAACAUGUGAAGAUUAAGGAUUACUUUCCAAAAUUUGAAGGAGCAAACACAGUUUCAGAAGGUACAAAGUUCUUUCGGAGACAAUUUAGAGAAGGGAUUCACCCGGACUUCAAAAAAAGAAUGUACACCCAUGAAACAUGUGCAAUAUCGGAUCAAGUUCAAAUAAUCAUCAAUACAGUGAUAGAUACAGUUAUUCAAGAUAAUCUCAAAGAUACGGGAAUGAUAUGAACUCCAAUCGCUCUGCACAAAUUAUUGUUCUUCAAUUUAGUAUCUGCCUCAAACAACGUGUGUGAUUAGUAAUAAUUAUUCCCUAUUCUAUUUGAGUGGUGUCAUUUUUUAUUGAUUGAAAUUUAUCGUGACUGAAACUCUGAUGAAAAUUUGUACUAAUUUUCAGUGUAAAGUGAGAACCAAAUAAGAUUAAAGGAACAUAC